AGCAUACUUUCGGUAUUUUAAUAGCUGCUGUUACCAAACACGGUGACAUGGAGAUAUUUAGAUAUCACCACAUAUUUUGACAAAUCAGUCUUUUUUUUUCCUUUUUUUUUUUUUUUUUUACUUUAAAGUCAGUAAAUGCAGUGGAGGGCGGUGUGGCCUUUUAACGUACGUGUGUGAACCGACAAUACACACGAAGAAGAAGAGCAAACUUGCCAUGCCAUAUAUGGGUAAAACACCGGGCUGUUAGCUAGCUGUGCUACUCUGGAAAGUGAGUACAGGAACUAAGGUUAGUGUGUGUAAAAUAUGGCAAGCUAAUUACUUUACGUGAACGACAACCGAGAAGACUGUCGUACUUAGGUUUCUACCCAAAACAGCUUUCACCGCCUAAUGGAUAACUAACUUUCCCCCACCGAGCUUGUUGGCAACAAAGCUAGCUAAGUUGUAAGAGGGUCAAUGCUAAAAGAGCUCAGACAAGAUGUCAAUGGAGUGUCCCUCAUUACCUCCACCACCACCACCUCCUCCUCCUCCACCUGCUCCAGGUCCUCCACCUCCUCCAGCCUCAACACCCAAGAAGAAGCUGUAUCAGACUAUAGCCAGUAACAGGAGUGCUGUGGAGGGGGACUACACAGAGGCCUGCUUAUUGCUCAGUCAAAGGGAGAGCAGAUUUAGGAAGGACCUGCAGUGGUUGCUGGUGAACACAUAUGUGCCCUCCCUCAUCCAAGAUGGUCCACAGUGCGGUCUGGUGGCUUUGUGGAUGUCCGCUCACCUUCGACAGCCACAGCUAAGUGUUGAUAUGGAAACUGUUGUUCAGACGGCACUGAGCAGGGGAUACACGGCACAGGGUGAAAUGUUUUCAGCUGACAACAUGGCCCUUCUGGCAGAGGAGGUUUGUGGCUGUAAGGCAGAGCUGCUGUCGGGGGGUUUAAGUGGUGAUAAUACUGCAGCCAUUAUCACUCACCUGUGGGGGAGACAGCCUGUCCUCAUCCCAUAUGAUGAGGACUUCAACCACGAGCCGUGCCAGCGGAGUGGCCACAGGGCGCAUUGGGCAGUCGCUUCAGGUGUUCUCCUUGGUUUGGACCAGGGGACUGUGAGCAAAGAGCACUUUCAGCCUGACCCCUCUCUGCCCUGGCUCUACCUCGCCGUGGACGGCAGCUUUCCCUGUCCUGUCAGUAACGCAGCAGUCAAAGAGGUUUACAUCCUGGCUAAGCAGGGUAAAAGCCUGAGCUACCAGCUGUGGAGUAUGGACAGUGUGGCUCAGAGCAACGAGCAGCUGAAGACACUGGACCCUCGGAGAGCAAACGAUGGGACCCCGUACGUCGUUCCUCAGGGAGGCGUGGAGGCCGGACUGGCUGGACAGGCGGUGUUGCUCCACACAAGGACCCAGAAAGAGUAAUGAGUGUGACGGAUACAGGGUGCCAAAACACUGAUCCGUUAAAGAGGCAUCACUGUGAACUCUCAUGCUGCAAUAUGACUGAUAUCACAGUUUAACCCAAAGUCUUAAGAACAAUCUGAUGUCUGCGUGAAUUGCACAAGUUUCUGAAUUUAUCCAAAAGUGUUUCAAAGUGUUGUGAAUGUCUACAUUACAGUAUUAAUACUGUAUGUGCUACAGCUUUGAUGCUGGGACAUUUUGGAUCCUAUUAGGGGUAAAUGGUGUAACAAUAUGAGAUGAUAUUGAAUCAUUAAGUGUGUACAUAUUCUGAUACACGGGUAGCUGUCUCUUUAAAGGUCUUGUUUGCAGCAUUUAGUGGCAUCUCACUGUGAGGUUGCAGAACUGAAAUUUCUCCAGUGUGCUAAGUCUGUAGGAGAGCUACGGCGGCCGACGCAAAAACGAGAAUGCAGCUAUCUAGAGCCUAUGUUAGAUUUGUCUGCUCUGGGCUACUGUUGAACAAUAUGGCGGACUCUGUCAAGGAGGACCCGCUGUCUUUGUAGAUAUAAACUGCUCAUUCUAAGAUGACAAAAACACAAUUCUUAUUCUCAGGUGAUUAAUGAAAACACACUAAUGAUUAUGACAUACCAUGUCUGCCAAUAGAUGCCCCUCAAUCCUGCACACUGGACCUUUAAUAUCUUCAGAUGUAUGAGGCCUUUUGUUGGAACUGUUAUGGGCAAAUUUGUGCGUUAUCAAAAAUAUUGGAUCCACAGUGUUGUUACAUCAAUAUGAUGGGGAAAAAAUACCUUUAUUUAAUUUAGAGAACAGAAAUUAUCAUCUUAUUUUUUAUCCUUUAAGUUUCUGACUGAAUUUCUGGAAAAUAUACUGCAAUGCAGAAUUAUCCAUGUCGCCCUUCCAUGGAUCACUGUUAUUUAAACUGAGUGCUGUUUUUAUGGAGAAUUAUAUGUUCUGUCCUGCAGGUUUACAGUGUAACAAGUCUUCAUUUACCUCUCGGUGCUGCAUACAAUAACGACUGAACGGAUAUUAUAUUUAACUUGUUUAUAUUCUCAUAAUGUUGUAGUACUCAAGUUUGGUCUCAAAAGCAGUCUCAAGACUACUACUGGUCAUGUCUUGGUCUGGGACAAGGAGGACUCUGGAUUACAUUUUGAGAUCUCAACUGUGUGAAAAUUCUGACACAUUAAGUUCAACUCUGCACUGCCUUUUGUUUGUUUUAUAAAAAUAUUUCUCAAAGUACACGUGUACAUGCACACAUACAUUACACAUGGCAAUAAAAGAGGUGAGUGACAGCGAAUUGUCAUGUUUUCUGUGGUUGUUUUUAUGGAAAUGUCGAUGUUUGUGCCUAUGAUUUGCACUCAGUCAUGCACCGUUGGCCUCACACUGGUCUGUGUUUAGUCUUGACUCGGUCUCAACCCCUGAAGUCUCUGUCUUGUCACAGUCUCAGUACACUCUGGUCCUGGUCAUGACUUGGUUUCAGUUAAGGUGGUCGUAACUUAUAUUAAUGGAUAUUCAGUAAAAGAAAUAAAACACUCAAAUCAAGUGUUUGAUCUGAGUUGUGUGUUUGAAGAACAAAAAACUCUGAAAGUUCUUAUUUCCAGUUUAUUGCAAUCCAUGACUUGGACAAAGCAAGGAAUUAAUAUCAAUUUUAACCAGUCUGUGUGCUUUACAAUUUUAAAAUACGCUGCCUUUUUAAAAUACAAAAUGUGGUUAUGAGCCCAGUUUUCUUACUUACAAAGCAGCACCUGGUUUGAAAACCUGAUCAUUUGCCAUUUUACAAAUAUAGAGGAUUUGUGGGCAAGACGUGUAAUACUUUGUAAACA